ACUGUUAUAUUUCUAACCACACUCUACACUCAGGUGCAUUCACCUGAAUCAAGCUCACCUGUUUAAACCUAGGGAAAAUGGAUGGGGAGACCUGCAAAAUGAAUGGAAGUCACACUUAUGAGUCAAACUACAUUGAAGAAAGUACAAAAGAUAACAGAAUUUCUUUGAUAUUUUCUCUGAAAGAACAAGUUGGAGCACUGGCCAGAGUUCUGCGUAUAUUUGAGGAAAGAGGGGUUAGUUUGACUCAUAUAGAGUCCAGACCUUCUCGUCUCAACAAGGAUGAGUACCAGUUCUUCAUCAACUUGGACAAUAAAAGCACCCCGGCUUUGGAUGAGAUUGUCAGGUGUUUGAGACAUGAUAUUGGGGCAACAGUGCAUGAACUUUCCCGAGAUAAGAAAAAGGAUGCUGUUCCAUGGUUUCCAAGAACCAUACAGGAUCUGGACAAGUUUGCUAAUCAAAUCCUGAGCUAUGGAGCAGAACUGGAUGCUGACCAUCCUGGGUUUACUGAUCCAGUUUAUCUUGCAAGGCGCAAAGAAUUUGCUGACAUUGCAUUCAACUACAGACAUGGACAACCAAUACCACGUGUGACAUACACAGAAGAGGAGAAGAAAACAUGGGGGACAGUGUUUAAGGAGCUGAAGACUCUGUACCCAACGCAUGCUUGCUAUGAACAUAACCACGUGUUUCCACUGUUAGAAGAAUACUGCGGAUAUAAUGAGAAUAACAUUCCACAGCUUGAAGAUGUUUCCAACUUUUUACAAACCUGCACUGGUUUUCGUUUACGCCCGGUUGCUGGCUUGCUGUCAUCUCGGGAUUUCUUGGCUGGACUGGCAUUCAGGGUCUUUCACUCUACACAGUAUAUUCGCCACUGCUCAAAACCAAUGUAUACUCCGGAACCAGAUAUUUGUCAUGAAUUGUUGGGACACGCACCACUUUUUGCUGAUCCGAGUUUUGCUCAGUUUUCACAAGAAAUUGGAUUGGCCUCUCUUGGUGCUCCCGAUGAGUACAUUGAAAUGCUUGCUACGGUAUACUGGUUUACUGCGGAGUUUGGGAUUUGUAAGCAAGGUGAUAAGCUGAAAGCAUAUGGAGCUGGGUUGCUCUCAUCAUUUGGAGAAUUGCAGUAUUGCUUGACAGAUAAACCCGAGUUUAAACCCUUUGAGCCAGAGAAGACUGCAAAGCAAACGUACCCAAUCACAGAAUUUCAACCAAUUUAUUUUAUUGCUGAAAGUUUUGAAGACGCAAAGGAAAAAGUCAGAAAAUUCGCAGCCAUCAUUCCGCGCCCGUUCUCCGUUCGUUAUAAUCCAUACACGCAAAGCAUUGAGGUGCUGGAUAACGUGCAGCAACUGAAAAAUCUUGCCGACUGCAUUAACGGUGAAAUUGGGAUCCUCUGCAGCGCGCUGAGAAAACUGGAGUGAAAAUGAUUUGAAUCCAAUGUCCGCAAUGACUUUUUUUGUGAUUAAUGUUGAUGCAUAUGCCAUUUUAAAUGGACCAGUAUAUCAUUUGUUAAGGCAAUUCUUCAUUUUGAUUGAAUGUUCUGAUUUGCCAUGAAGAUUUCAGAUAUAAAAGUAGCUUCUGUAUAAAGCUUUUGAUAUAAUGCUGUGUUUUUAUGCAAUAACCGUCUUUGAAGCGUGUAGUUAUUAUUUUAUUUAUAAAGCUUCAAUAUAUUUCUCAGUGCUGCACAAUUAGUAAUCAAAAGAUUGCAAGCAAAUGAAGAUGAAGGAUGUCAGUCAGUCAAGCAAGUAGAAGAGGUGCAAAUUAACCUUUUAAUAUGACUCUACAGUCUAAUGGAUUAAGCUUACAGUAUAACAGUAUAUUUUAUAGCCUGCCUGCUCUAGAAUCUUUAUUUUUUCAUGGAAUUUUUCAGUAAAUCAUUAUCUGUAUAAUAUCUAUAUAAACAUUACCCAAUAAAGUACAGAUACCAUAAAA